AACAUGUAAACAAUAUGGAGGAUGGUACAUUUGCGAUUUGGUAACGCGAUCUUUUCCUUAAUUUAUCGAUAGUCAAAUAUACUGCAACUAUAAAAAGCAUUGCAAUAUUAGAUUUGAAUAUCAUUGAACAUAAAAUAUGGCAGGAAGAGACUUACCUGGACGUGAUGAAAGAGGAGCAUUCCGCUUUGGUACAAACAGACAAGUGGAGAUAACUCUAAGAAGUGAGCUAGAGGAUGUUGCUAGGAAAUCAAUUACAGAGAUAGCUGUUAAAAGGGAGUUAAAUAGAAUGGCUCCUUUGGAUGAUCAACAGAAAACAGCGAGUAAAUGGCCAGAAAGAAAACUUCAACCAGCUUUUGUUCCUGAAAAGAAAAGAGAAAAAAGGAAAAGAGAUCCAAUUUAUCAUGAAGACUUACUCAAUAAAGAUUUGAAGGAACAACCAAAGUUUAUGCUUGUACCUUAUAACCCUCUGGAUAAAGGAAAAAAUGUAGAAGAACCAAAAGAAAAAACUAGAAAAUUACCAUAUAGUAAAGAUCAAACAGUUACCACACAAGAAAUGAAGAUGCCAAAAGUUACUUCUCUUGGGGUUUUGCCAAACAGAGAAAGUGGUGAAAUCAUAAAUCUUAAAGUAGUAAUGGAAGGAAUACCUGUUGCUCCAGGGAAAACAGAUGUAGCUCUUGAUGAAAUGGCUAUGGCAAACAAAAUGCACCCUACAACACCAGCAUCACCUGUACCAAGGGUUGAAGAUAAAGAAGGACUAAAAUAUGAACCCGAAUCAGGGAGGAGGGAAAAGAAAGACAAACUUAAGGAGGAACUAAAACUGGACUUAGAAUCUGAAGAAUCUAAGAAGAAACCUGCUAUAUUAACCUCAGAAGGAACAACACAGAAAAUGUAUUUUAUGGAAAGACAAAAACCAGUGCCUCCUCCAUCUUCACUGAAAAAAUCAUUCAAAAGGAAACUGAAAGGCACUUUGACAACAGCAUUAGUUGAAGGGGAACCAAGUUUAAAAGACACACGUUUUCCUGAAGACUCUGUUUAUCACCAGUAUGAUGAUGCUAUAGAUGUUAUUGACCAAGACAGAACUACAUCCAGAUCAGUCGAUGAUGAUACUCGUAGUUCUACAUCCAGUGUAUCAUCUGUCAGGUCUGCAAAAGAACUUUUGGAAGAGGCAAGAAGAAUUUCUAGGUCAGGUGCAGAUCCUCUGUAUAAACAAAGAGAUAAAAGAGGAUCACUUUCUCAUAGAGAGAAGAAAGAUCAUAAAAAGGAUAAAAGAGAAACAGAAGAACCUACACCAAGGAGACAAGAAAGAUCUGUUGAUGAGAUUAUAUCAUCUCUAAAGGCUAAUAGAGAAAAGCCUGAACUAUCUGAAGCUGAUAAGAAAAUUCAGGAGAUUAUGGAGCGUGUUAUGUCUAGAACCAGUGCUGUUAUAACUGAAGAUGACAGUAUGACAAUGGGAACAGAUUCUGCUCGAGAUGAAUCAGCAACAUCUGUUAAAGAUGCUCAAAGUAGUGGUCCAACACCACAGCCUCCAGAAGUUAAUGUUGUAUCAUCCACUCCAGAUGAUACAGCAGGCCCUAAAUCUCCAGUAGCAGAUGCAGGUGCAGAGACAGAUAAACAGGAAGUCUUAACAGAAGAUGAUGAAUCAAAAUCCAAAGAUGAUGGGAUUACCAGCACUGACGAAAAAUCAGAGGAUAAAGGAAAAGAUGAAGCAGUGCAAGAACAAGUUUCAGAAAUACCUCCACAAGCAGUGACAGAGUUGACAAAGAUGACAACAGAAUACGAAGACAGUAGUGAUGAUGAGGAAGCUGAGGUCAUAGAUAUUGCUAAAGCCUGGGAAGAUCUGGCUGUACCUCCAAAUGCUACGUAUGAAGAUCUGGUCAGUGUAUCUGGUAAACCUAUUGGCAUUCAGGAAAGGUCUACAGGAAAAGCUGAAAUCAAUCAGAUUACUGUGCAAAGUCAGGCUGUAUCAUUCUUGUCAACAUGGCAACCAGCUACUGAACGAGAACCUACUAUGGAACCAAUUUUAGAGGUUGCCACCCCGCCAAAACAUAUCCACCAUUUUUGUACUGUAACCAAUGAGUACCAGUUACCUGAACAGUUCCGACAUCUUGGAAGAAAGUAUCAUGCCCCAGAAAAAUUCCUGGUACCUAAGCAACCAUUUAGAUUUGCCAGUAGAGGGCCAAGCUUCAAUGAUGCAUUAGAUGAAGAAACCGCUUCACAACUGUCACAUGUUGCAGAAACAAGAGGCACAGAAGAAACUAGAAUAGCAUCAGCUGCUCAGAGGAUCCUAAAGGAGGCUGAAUCUGACAAAGAUAAAAGUAAAGAGGAAACCUUAGAAAUAUGGAGACAGAGAGCAGAUGAAGUGUUUAGUCAGCCAUCAAUAUCAGUAGAAGGAACCAAAUUAUCUUUAAAAUCAGAUGAAUCCAGAUUGUAUUGGACACCUGCACCCCCAAAGUUAGAUGUGGCACCUUCCAAGGUCAAGGACGUUCUGUUCCCAGACUAUGAAUCCAAAAGUUUGUCCAUGGAAACAAGAGAAAUGUCUGCCACACAACAGGAAGAUAUGGACGAAAGCUCUGAGUCAGAGGAAGAAGAUAUGGAGGUCGACAUUGAACAGGAGAGAUAUGAAGAAAUAUAUAGAUUGGUUUUCAAAAAGAGCGAUUCCUAUAAAGACUUGUCAGAGUUAGACCAAGCUUCUAAACAAAGAGAUGAUGACAUUAAAUCUAGAAGAAUUAAUCCUUAUGAACCCAGAAAACUUCUCAAAGGGGAAAUACCACCAACUAAACCUGAGCCACUUGGACAUGCAGCAGAUACUGGUAGCCAAGCUUCCACUCCAGCACCAGAGUUUAGGUACAAAAGAGAUAUGCCAGACAGUGAAAUAUUCCCAGUGUUUGUUCCUCUUAGGCGGUCCAGGUCUGAUCCAUGUAUCUUCAAUGCUGAUGAUGAUACCCUAUUGGUGCCUCAGUCCUAUAAUAUAGCUGUGGAUGAGAUUACCAGACAGAAACAAAAUAUAAGACAGAUGAAGUUAAACUGGAGGGAAGAAGAAAAGAAAGCGAAAAGGGAAGCAGAAAUGGAAGAAAGAUUGAGAAGAAUGGAGGUACCUGAGGGGGAAAGAUAUGAUCCAAACGAAGUAAUGGCUGUUCCUUCAUUUAUGAGGAGGAAAGCUGAUGAGCCUACACCUGCAGAAUUAGCUCUGGUAGCUGGUAGAGCUUAUGUUAUACUGCCUAAAAAGAAAAAGAAGAAGAAGAAAGCCCCUAUAAGUAUGGCUAGAUUGGAUGAAAUUGAGAAAUUUCUUCGUUCAUCUCCAACCAAACUUACCAGAAGUAGAUCUAUGGAAAAAAUGCACAUGACUGUUGAGAAAGACCUUAGAGUAUCAAGUAAAAUAAGACAUGGACCAAGAAACAGCUUAGCAAAUGUUCUAGACUUUGGGGCAUUUGGAAAGAAAAAGAAAAUGCCAAAAGAUAUGAAAGAAAGAGAUUGGGUCAGAGACAUGUGGAAUGGUUGGUUUGAUGAACUGUAUCCACCGACGCCUGAGGUGUCAUCUGACGAGGAAGAGGAGGAAGAACAAGCUGCAAUGUCACCUAGAAAGGAAGAAAAACAGGAAAAGAAAAGGAAAGAAUCCAUUACCAGUGCUUUAUCAGAGAGUAUAAGUGUAAUAGAACCUUUACAGGAAAAUGAAGAAAAUCAGGAAUUACUUGCUAUAUUACAUGAAGAAGUAGAGAAGUUAACAGAAAUGAUAGAAGCUACCCCAAGACCAAAAGCAUUUGAUCUGUGUAGAAGAGGGGCUUUGUUGAGAAAAAUUGGUAUGGUAAAAAAGGCUGAGGAGGACCUUAAUAGAGUAAUAAAGAUUGAGCCAGAAUUGAUUGAUGCUUAUUGGCACAGACAUUUGCUAUAUCUGUUACAAGAUAAGAAGAAAGAAGCUCUCACUGAUCUUAACUUCAUCAUCAAGAAAAAUAAAAAGCAUGCUGGAGCUUGGCGAUCCAGGGCUGAAAUAUACAGACAACAAAAUAAUGUAGACGAGGCCAUUAUGAAUUAUAGACAAGCAAUUUCACUAAACCCUAGGGAUCAUGAAGCCUACUUUAGAAGGGCUGAGAUGUACGAAAAGAAAGGAGACAGUCAGUUGUUAGCUUUAGAAGAUUAUUCCAAGUGUAUCAAGAUAAACCCAUUGAGAACAGAUGCUAUAUUGAAACAUGGACUUUACUAUUUUAAAAAUGAGAGCUGGCACAAUGCUAUAACAGAUUUCACAGACCUUCUUAGAGUAGACCCACUGAAUGUUACAGCAAGGAUCUACAGGGGACAGGCCAAUGCUAAGAUGGCUAACUGGAGCCCAGCAGUUGAAGACCUAUCAGCAGCUAUACAUUUAGACCCAUUGAGUUGGGAGGCUUUCUACCAUAGGGCUUGCAUAAUUAGAAAAGCACAUGCAAAGCGAGCCUUACAUGACUACAGUGUAUCUUUACUAAUUAAUGAUAGUGAUGACAAUGUCAUGUCAUAUCUACACAGAGGAAUACUAUAUAACUCAAUGCACAGAUAUGAAGAUGCUAUCCCUGACUUUGAGAGUGUACUGAAGUUACGAAAGGAUGUGGCCUGUGCUCAUGUCAACCUUGGUCUAAUAUUUAUGAAUCAUUAUGAAAAUUACCACAGAGCGAUAAAGAAAUUCACUGCUGCCAUCAAAGUAGAUCCUACAUAUGUUAGAGGUUAUGUAUGUCGAGGAGAAGCUUAUCACAAAAUACAUGAAUUGAAACAAGCUUUGAGUGAUUUUACUAAAGCUAUUCACUUGAGACCAGAUGUACACCAUUACUAUAUGUACAGGGGACAACUAGUGUUGGAGAUGGGUAAUUUGGAACUGGCAGCUUUCUGUGUCAGGAUGUUUGUAUAUGGCCAAGAUCGACAAAAAGAAUUGAGAGUGAUAAAUAUGCUAAGAGGACAUGCUUCAGAAUUAAGUACAGAUUCUUCAUUAGGACAGAUGCCAACACAACAAGCAGUUGUUCAGUCAUUCUUGAAAAAUUACAACAAGGCAAUAGAUGCAUUGGAAGCAGCCACAAGAGUCCAGCCAGUACCUUCAAUGUUUAUGUUACUUGGUAAAACACAGAUGAAGGCUAAGGAAUUCUUAAAGGCUAUAGAAAGUUUCAAUAAAGCAUUGGAACUAUAUGUCAAGCUAGAGAAAAUGAAACCUUGGAGAACUGGUGAUCCAUGGCCAAAGGAAGCUGCUGAGGCUCAUUUCUUGAUAGGAAUGUGUAAUAUAGAACUGAAGACAUAUAUCAGAGCACUAGAAGCAUUCUCUGAAGCUAUCAAACUCAAUGCUAACUAUCCCGAUGCAUUGUACCAGAGGGGAGUGACCAGGAUGAAGCUGAAUCAAUUAUCCAAAGGCAUCCAUGACUUCAACAAAGCUUUGGCUAAGAAUCCUAAGAUAUUCCAGGCAUAUCUGAGUAGAGCUUGCUAUUAUGGGAUGAAGAAGAACUACACUAAAGCUAUAUUAAGCUGUAAUGAGGCUAUCAAGUUACAGCCUCGAAGUGUUAGAGCAUAUUUGUAUAGAGGGGCUUUGAAGUUCCACAUAAAAGCUUAUGAUCUAGCUAUCAGAGACUUGACAACUGCUACCAGUAUAGAUAGCCAGUGUGCUCUAGCUUACUUCAACAGGGCUGUAUGUUUCCAGGAGAAAAAGGAUUGGCAAAAGGCUUUGACAGACUAUGGUAUUGUUCUGUUACUUGGUGCUGAUUUACAACUAAAGCGUCCUAGUGAAAUUGAAGAGGAAACUAGAAAAAGGUUUCAGGUGCUGAUCAAUAGAGGUUUGUUAUAUUUUGAGAGGAAGGAUUACAUUAAUGCUUUAUAUGACUUCAAACUAGCUGCUAAGAUAGAACCAAAUGAUCAUAGAAUUCUACAUACUCUUGGAUUAUGUUAUCACAAGAUGAAUGAUCUAGAUGAGGGAGUUAAAGUAUUCACCACAUGUAUGGACAACAACCAGUUCUUCCUGGAUGGUAUCAUAGCCAGAGGCAAUGUGUACAUGGAUUAUGGUACUAAAGCUGGAAUACAAUUUGCCAAGAGAGACUAUGAACGUGUGCUACGACAGGAACCAACAAACUUGUCAGCCAGAGUUAACCUUGCCAAUACUCUACAGGUCCUGGGUAAAUUUAUGCAGGCCUGGAACCAGUUUACUAUAGCUAUUUCAGUCAGACCUACAUUUAAGCCAGCGUUAGAAGGAAGAGCUAUAGUCAACCUGCAGAUGCGUAAUACAUUUGCUGCCUUCCAGGACAUCAAUGCUGCUAUUACAAUAUCACCAACUGCUGAACUACUGACCAAUAGAGGGGUUAUUAACCAGUUCAUGCAGGAUCCAGUUAAUGCCAUGAGGGAUUACCAGCAAGCUCUGAAGUUAGACAAAUCAUACUCCCUGGCAUACUUCAAUGCUGCUAAUGUGUACUUCCACACUAGGCAUUUCAAACAGGCAUAUGAAUAUUACAGUAAGGCAUUAGAUCACAAUAGAAAAGAUGAGUCAGCAUUAUUAAACAGAGCUAUAACAAGGGUUAUGAUGAGAGAUGCUCAGGGUGCAUUAGAAGAUUUCAAGGCAGCUAUCAAGCUUAGUCCAUACACUGCACAUAUAUACUUCAACAGAGGAAACCUUUAUGCUUCAAUGGGUCAUUUUGAUAAGGCUGAGACAGACUAUUCUAAAGCUUUGUCUUUAAAACCAGAUGAUCCAUUAGUAUUGAAACGGCGAGCAGACGUACGAGGAAAACUUGGCAAUCAGAAACAAGCCAUAGAGGACUAUAGAUAUGCUAUAGAAAUUCAAAGUAGGAUGGAAGAAUCUAAAACAUAAUGCUGAAAUAGACUAUAUAUUAAUGUGUAUGAACUGCUUUGAAAUGACUAUUUGUUGUUGUUUAAAUUUGAUGGCAAUUAAUUAUACCAACUGUACAAUUGCUUAAACAAAUCUUUUACAAUAAUUUGAUUGAUAGAUUUUUGCAUUGAAUCCAUUUUUCUAUUUAGAACAGAUCCAGCUGACUGUUAUCAGGAACUGUCAAUUUAGGCAACCAUUCAUCAUUCAGUUGUAAAAUAAAUGACAGGGAUUUUUUUCUUCAAUUUUUUGCCCAGGUAAUAAAAGGGGAUGGCAUUGAAUAUGCAAUGGUGGUUUUCCUUUUUUCUUUUUUACAUUUUUAAAUGAAGAACACCUUUAUAUCUUUAUUAAUUUUCUAAAAAAAAUAUUUUUGAGAUAACAAUUAUGAUAAAAGUUUGGGGAAAUGAAACUGAAACCAAUAUAUGUGAUAUUUUUUUUCUGUGAUUUUUAAGCCGAUACAUGAAAAAUCAUUUGUCACUAAUAUUCCAUCUCUAUAGAAAUUUAAUGAACUUUAAUAUAUUUUUCAGAAAGCUUGUUUCAAAUUAUUUUGUAUUAAUCUGAUUCAAUUUUGAUUUCUUCAACACAUAUUUUCUAACAGUUAUUAUAUUUGCAUCAAAUGAUUUUUUUUAUGAACAAAUUGGCUCAUUAUUUAAUGAUAUACUGCUGAAAGUUUUCCGUCCAAUUUAUUCUGUCUGUGAUAUUUUAAAUAUGAAAUGGAACUAAUGAAGUGUGGCAAGUUUUAUAUUCAAUUUAUUCUACUGUUAAAUAUUAUUUAUUUUUAUACUUGUUAAAAUAUUUGUAUGAUGUGGUAUUUUGUUUGAAACAUGAUACAAUAAAAUAAAUUCUUAAAAAAA